GUUCUCGCGAGAUUACCUACCGGCUUCAGUAUAAUGCUCUUUGGUGACACUAGAUUGUGCCAUUUCAACACUUUUAACUUUAUCUAUAUGAAUUGUAAAAUACUUUACAUAGUUGUAGUGUGUAUAUUUUAUUUAUUGAAGUAAACGUAUUGUCAUUGGCGAAAUAGUCUGUUUAAUAAUAUAAAUAAUAAGAUGCUAUUUAGGUAGCACUGCGCUGUUUGCUAAAUGCUAAAGCUAGCCCCGACUGCGGCAACGUGAGAAACGUUUACUAUAUUUUGUAAUUCUUUGCUGUUUUUAGUGUCAGUGUUAAAAUGAAGUGUCACUAUGAAAUCCUCGGUGUGAAACGAGACGCCGGAGACGACGACUUAAAGAAAGCUUACCGUAAAUUAGCAUUAAAAUGGCAUCCAGAUAAAAACUUAGAUAAUGCAGAGGAGGCAGCAGAGCACUUCAAGUUGAUACAGGCAGCUUAUGAUGUCUUGAGUGACCCACAGGAAAGAGCCUGGUAUGACAACCACAGAGAGGCUCUGCUGAAAGGAGGACUGAGUGGAGACUAUGAAGAUGACAGCAUUGACCUGCUGCAGUUCUUUACUGUCACGUGUUACUGUGGCUUUGGGGAUGAUGAAAAGGGUUUUUACACAGUCUACAGAGACCUCUUUGAGUCGAUUGUAAAGGAAGAAAUUGAGCAGGGUAGUGGAGAAAAUGAGGAUGACGAGGAGGAGUUUCCUUCAUUUGGAAACUCUGAGAGUGACUAUGACACUGUAGUGCGUGUGUUUUACGGUUACUGGCAGAGCUUCUGUACACGUAAGAACUUUGCCUGGAAAGAGGAGUACGACACGAGACAUGGCUCCAACCGCUGGGAAAAAAGAGCGAUGGAGAAAGAGAACAAAAAAACGCGAGAGAAGGCUCGCAAGGAAAGAAAUGAACUGGUGCGACAACUAGUGGCUUUCGUACGCAAGCGCGACAGACGUGUGCAGGCGCACAGGAAACUGGUGGAGGAACAGAACGCUGAGAAACUCAAGAAAGCAGAGGAGCUGAGGAGGAAACAGAAACUCAGUCAGGCCAAACUGGCAGAGGAGUACAAGGAGCAGAGCUGGGCAGCCAUGUCUGAAUUGGAGAAGGAGCUGCAGCAGAUAGAGGCUCAGUACGGCCAGGAGUUUGGAGAUGCAUCAGACAGUGAGGAGGAGGAAGAGGAGCAGGAUAUGGACUCGCAGGAGAAGGACAGUCAAGAGGGAGCAGACCAACCUGAUGGAGAUGACCAGAACAUAGAUUAUUAUGACGAGCUGUACUGCCCCGCCUGUGAUAAACUGUUCAAAUCAGACAAGGCAAUGAAAAACCAUGAAAAAUCUAAAAAGCACCGAGAGCUUGUGGCGUUGCUACGGCAACAGCUAGAAAAUGAGGAGGAAUCGCUUGGAUUCAACCUAGAGGAAGACGACGGAAGAGAGGAGAACACACAGGCUUAUGAGGAGGAAGAAGAAGAGGAGGAGGAAAAGCCAAGGCAAAAGCUGUCCAAGAAACAAAAGAGGAAAAAGAAACAGAAAGAAGUCGUACAUAGUUCUCCAAAAGCUGAGACCGUGGAGGAGGAGACCCCAACAGUGACCUCCUGCACAGAAAAUCACACAGAAGAACCCACAGAGCAGGAGAAUCAGGAAGGUCCUACUCCUUCAGAAACCAAGAGCUCUGCAAAGACAAAGGGAAAGAAGGGAGGAGGAAAAGACAAACCAAAGAAUAUGAAGUCAAACACAGUGGGGGAACAAGAGAUGGAAGCAAACCUCCGCUGUGUGACAUGCAACUAUGAGUUCACCACAAGAAACAAGCUAUUUGACCACCUGAAGACCAGCGGUCAUGCCACUGCGCUGUCCUCAAAUGCAGCACAAAGCUCACAGCUCAGCAAGAACAAAAAGGAAAAGAAGAAAAACAGAUAACAAAACGUUGUCUUUGCUGAGGAGCCAGAACGAGUAGAACUCAGCAGGGACACUAGAGACCAGACCAUGGGCAAAGGAAACUUAAAGUGGUCUCUUCAUCCAAGGUCUCAGUGACACAGUCUACGCUAAUGCUAGCCACUGAAUCACUGCAUUACUGAAACUUUGGAUUAAAAAAAAACAGAUUAAUAUCUGACCCAAGAUUUUGCUGUACGUGUAACCAUCUUUCUUCUGCAUGUGCGUAACUACAUUAUGUUCAAAUAAAUGCGAUACUGCAGGUCGUUAUUUUUA